AGCAUCCAGUCCACCCCUCCUCCAGACUGCUGGACGUGAUCCACACGGAGAACAAGCUCUACCUGGUCUUUGAGUUCCUGCACCAGGACCUGAAGAAGUUCAUGGAUGCAUCAUCCCUGGGCGGCAUCGCGCUGCCGCUCAUCAAGAGCUACCUGUUCCAGCUGCUGCAAGGCCUGGCCUUCUGCCACGCACACCGCGUCCUGCACCGAGACCUCAAGCCUCAGAACCUGCUCAUCAACGCCGACGGUGCCAUCAAGCUGGCUGACUUUGGGCUGGCACGCGCCUUUGGGGUGCCUGUGCGCACCUACACGCACGAAGUGGUGACGUUGUGGUACCGUGCGCCUGAGAUCCUGCUGGGCUGCAAGUACUAUUCGACUGCCGUGGACAUCUGGAGCCUGGGUUGCAUUUUCGCCGAGAUGGUGACGCGGCGCGCGCUCUUCCCCGGGGAUUCGGAGAUCGAUCAGCUCUUCCGUAUCUUCCGCACGCUGGGGACACCGGAUGAGGCCGCCUGGCCCGGCGUCACCACCCUGCCUGACUACAAGCCCAGCUUCCCCAAAUGGGCCCGGCAGGAUCUGGGCAAGGUGGUGCCGCUGCUGGAUGAGGAGGGCCGCAAGCUGCUGGCGCAAAUGCUGCACUACGAUCCCAACAAACGCAUCUCGGCCAAAGCAGCGCUGGGCCACCCCUUCUUCCGUGAUGUCACCAGGGCUGUCCCCCACCUGCGCCUGUGAGCACUGGGCUGGGGGUGGGCAUGUUGGCUGCAGACAGCGUGAGCACAGAGUGGGGCACUGGGACCCCCGGACCCCAGGACUGCUGGGGCAGGGACCCCCCCUUGCCUGGGCUCUCGGGCACUUACAGCUGGGGGUGAGGUGGGGGGCCGAGGGACAGAGCCUUCCCCCUCCCUUUGUCCCCCUCUCCUCCGUCCCCGGGGUGGCAGUGGGGGUCCACCUCUUCCCUUCCCCCCGCGGGUUUUUCCUCGCUGACUUUUGUAACUUUUUUGCUAUUUUGUAGUUGACAUUUAAAGCUCUUUGUGCA